AUGUCUCAGGAGGGUUCAAUUGGAGCCGGAAGUGACUCCAGGUCCAGCGGAGAAGCGACUACACUGCCCAGCGAUACUAAAAUGCUGCCUUUGACCACAGCAUCAACGGCGGAUCAGAGUGCAAAUGGGGGCGAUGAAAUUGUCGAAAAACUUGGAAACAUGACAAUUGCCCAUAAUGGAGGUGAAGUUGCGGUUGCCAGUGCCGUGAACGGCGGCAGGGAGAUUUCCAACACCGUUUUGUAUGUGGGAAACAUCCCAAAAACUGUUAACGAGCAGUAUCUUCAUGAGCUCUUUGACAAGACCAAGUCGGUCAAACUUCUCCAUGACAAGAACAAACCCGGUUUUAACUAUGCAUUUGUGGAAUUCGACACCCGGGAAGACGCCGAGAGUGUUCUUACAGCAUUCAAUGGUUCCGAAGUUGGCGGAAGUUCCAUUAAAAUAAACUGGGCGUACCAACUGUCAACCAUCAGUACAUCCUCAAGCCCAGAACUGCCUCUCUAUACCAUUUUUGUGGGCGACUUGUCGGCGGAGGUUGAUGACGAGACGCUAGGCAAGGCAUUCGACCAAUUCCCGAGCCGAAAACAGGCCCAUGUGAUGUGGGACAUGCAAACUUCGCGAUCUCGAGGAUACGGAUUUGUCAGUUUUGCAGACCCUGCCGAGGCAGAAAACGCAUUGGUAACGAUGCCGGGCCUGUUUAUAGGUGGCAGAGCCAUCCGCUGUAAUUGGGCAUCUCAUCGACACAUGUACCAAAAGAAAAAUACCCGACCACCUCCCAAAAGAUCAGCAUCGGCCGGCGCCACAACUCCCCCACUGCCCUACACCGCCCAAGGCUACCCUAUAGACACCAACAAUGGCGGGCGCAACCCUCAGCCACAAGCGCCCAAGUCAUUUGAAGUGGUUUUGCGCCAGGCUCCAAAUUGGCAAACCACGGUUUAUUUGGGUAAUAUAGCCCACUUCACCCACCUGUCGGACCUCAUACCCCUCCUCCAGAACUUUGGUUUUAUCGUCGACUUCAAAUUUCACCCCAGCAAAGGCUGUGCUUUCGUCAAAUACGAUUCCCACGAACGGGCCGCUUUGGCAAUUGUCCAACUAGCGGGCUAUUCCGUUAAUGGCCGCCCACUCAAAUGCGGAUGGGGACGAGACCGACCAAUUGCACCUUACCAAGGCUUCAGAUACGGGGCCGGAACCAUAUAA